CAGGUCGCGCGGUCAGGUUCUGAGGCAAACACCAACAACUUGCGCUGGAUGGACUGAAAACACAACUUAGGUCAAGGAAGUAAAGGCGUGUCAGUAGUCCGCCAGUGCUGUUACCGCGUCUUACUUUCGGUAUUACACGCCCCACGCCGAGGUGUUCCGCACAAUAUGCGUUUUACCAACCGUCCGGGGACACAACCGUGCGGACGGCGCAUGAAGGAGCGGGAGAAACCGAAAAUGGUUACUGGACAAAGGCAGCGAUAAGCCAACUUCCGAGGCAGCCCCGCUCCUCAAAACAACACACGAGCUGAUUUGAGAAAGAACGACAGAAGGCGGAUGAGAAGAAAAUGGACCGUCCGCGGCAGAGCAAGGAUAUGAAGAUGCCCCUCAGGAGGGUGGGAAGUCCAACCAGACCCCGGGCAUGGAUGACUGGAUGGCACAAACCAAAGUCUGCCAAGCAUGUCCACAGAUCCAUGAAUGAGCAGUCCUUCCAGAAACCCGACUUUGACUUCGGAUACCAGAGGCACCGCCACUUCACCCCCAGGUCUCACUCCUCCUGGGGAGGUCAUUAUCAGCCUAAAAUUCAGGAAGAUCCACCACACAGGGUGAUGGCGAAGAAUCAAGUAAGGAAGGAGGAGAGGGAGAAAGACAUUGGGGAGCAGAGCCAGCCGAGAGGGGCAAUUUCACCUCCACAAGAAGAUGACAGACCUUUUCUCACCAGCAGGGAGAAGGACAAACAUUUUAGUGUUUCUCAUGAGCGUGCGAGAACCCGAAGCAGAGAACGAGAACAUGAGGAAGCUCAAAGCGGAGUGGGAGAGCAAGGCGGAAAGCCAGAGCACCCUUCAGCUGCAGGCUGGGCAGCAGCACGAAAUAGAGCCAUUCAACAGAAAAGGAGAGAGAUAGAGGAGGUGUAUUGUAAGGACUGUGACACAUUUGGAGUGGUGGUCAAGAUGCUGAUAGCCAAGGACCCCUCACUAGAGCUCCCCAUCCAGUCUUCUCUGCAGCAAAACCUCAGGGAGAUAGGCCAGCGCUGUGUGGAGGCCCUGAAGCAAUUUAUAGAGGAGUACGACUCCAGAGAACUCUCGGAGUAGUGUCUCACACGCACGCACACACACACACACCUUUUUUUGCCUAGAAUACAUAACACUUGUUUAUAUGAAGACUCCUGUUUAGUUAACUGCUGCUGCUAUUUGUGUUUUUUAAUGUUUUUUAAUGUUUGUGUGUACCUUUAGCAGUAAUGAGCCGUUGUGACCUUGCGUCCUGCCUGGUCAAAGUCACUCCUGGUGCUCAGCCUUCUGCUGGCCUUGUUUCGACCUGCGUAUUAUAUGACCACUGCCGAAAUAUAGUCUUUGUUGACUCAGAACCUUUCGGUGUUGCUACUACUUUUGAAAAGCGAUGACGAGAAUACAGCCAGCAUGUGAAUUAGUUUCCAUACAGCAGUUAAAUUUCAAAGUUUACGAAGAAAUCGUGACAGGGUCUGUUUGAUAUUUGGAUGAGUUAUGUACAUCAUAUUCUAUUGUUAUUACUCUAUUUUUCCAAAUCUACUUGCUCAUGAAACAUUAAAUAAAAUAUGA